GUGAAAAAAAAACGUGCCAAAUCCAGUUGGAUUUGGCAAUACUUUAAGGAAACCACAUCUAGAGAUGAAAAUGGAGUAGAAGUUCCUAUUAUUGUUUGCCAAAUCAAAAAAAAUGAUGGCACUAAUGCUAACUGCGAUACUAAAUAUAAUUAUGCUAGCCAGUCAACCGGAAAUGCAAUCACCCAUCUUCAGAACUUGCAUGAAUUAUGCAAAACUGGAAAAAUUGAU